GGACACAUCCACCCAACCAGAGACACAUCCAUACCAACCAGGAAACACAUCAACCAACCAACACCAACCAGGGACACAUCCACCCAACCAGGGACACAUCCACCCAACCAGGGAACACUCCACCCAACCAGGGACACAUCCAACCCCAAGCAGGGACAACAUCCACCCAACCAGAGACCAUCCACCCAACCAGACACAUCCACCAACAGGACACACCACCAAACAGGACACAUCCACCAAACCGAGACACCUCCACACAACCAGGGACACAUCCACCAACCAGGACACAUCCAUCCAAACCAGGGACACAAUCCACCAACCUGAGACACCCUCCACACCAACCAGGGACACAUCCACCCAAACAGGACACAUCCACCAAACCAGGACACAUCACCAAACCAGACACAUCCCCCAACCAGACACAUCCCAAACAGACAUCCACCAAACCUGAGAACACCCACACCAACCAGGAGACAAUCCACCAACCAGGACCUCCAUCAAACAGGGACACAUCCACCCAACCAAAGACACAUCACCAACACGGACCACAUCCACCCAAACCAGGGACACAUACCACCAAACCAGGGACACAUCCACCCAACCAGGGACACAUUCCACAAAACCAGGACACAUCCACCCAACCAAAGGACACAUCCACCAACCAGAACAUCCACCCAACCAGGGACACAUCCACCAACCGGACACAUCCACCCAACCAGGGAAACUCCACCCAACCAGGGACACAUACACACCAACCACCAACCAGGGAACAUCCACCCAACCAGGAAACAUCCACCCAACCAGGACACAUCCACCAACCAGGGACACAAUCAAACCACCAGGGACACAUCCACCAACCAGGGACACAUCCACCAACCAGGGACACAUCCACCAACCAGACAUCACCCAGAGGACACAUCACCAACUCCAGCGGACACAUCCACCAACCAGGGACACAUCCACCAACCAGGGACACAUCCACCCAACCAGGGACACAUCACCCCAACCAGGGACACAUCCACCCAACCAGGACAAUCAACCCAAGCAGAGACACAUCCACCCAACCAGGACACAUUCAACCAACCAGACACAUCACCAACCAGGAACCACCAAGCCGGACACAUCCACCAAACCAGGGACACAUCCACCAACCAGGACACAUCCCAAAACAGGGACACAUCCACCCAACCAGGGACACAUCCACCCAACCAGGAAACGCCACCCAACCAGGGACACAUCCACCCAACCAGGGACACAUCACCCCACCAGGGACACAUCCACCACCAGGGACACAUCCACCCAACCAGGACAACCACCCAACCAGGGAAACAUCCACCCAACCAGGGACACAUCCACCCAACCAGGGACACAUCACCCACCAGGACACAUCACCACCAGGAACAACAUCCACCAACCAGGACACAUCCACCAACCAGGACACAUCCCCAACCGGGACACAUCAACCCAACCAGGGACACAUCCACCAACCAGGGAUCACAUCAACCAACCAGGACACACCCCAACAGCGACACAUCCAUCCCAAACAGGACACAUCCACCCACACAGGGAACAUCCACCCACCAGGACACAUCCACAACCAGGGACACAUCCACCCAAACCAGGGACAAUCCACAAAACAGACAACAACCAGGACACAUCCCACAACCAGGGACACGUCACCAAACAGGGACACAUCCACCCAACCAGGGACACAUCCACCCAACCAGAGACACAUCAACCCAACCAGGGACACAUCCACCCAACCAGAGACACAUCCACACCAACCAGGGUCCAGAAACAAGCCCUAA